AUGGAAUAAAUAAUUUAGAAUGAUAAUUUAGUGUUGUUACAAUAAAAAAUAUUAAGCUAUCCAAAAACUAAUGAGGAUCUUAAAGUACUUCUAUUCUUUAAAUUAAGUCAAUUGCGUCAAUAAUAAAAGUCACUUAAAUUUUCACCAGAUUAAAUGAACUCUAUCAAUAACAAUUAUCGCAAGAAGGGUAAAUAAAAGUAAAUUGAUAUGAUUUUGAUUAGCUCUGUAAUUAUAUAGAACUUACAAAUUAUUAAUUUGGUGAUUAAGUUGAGCCAAGUUAGAAGUUUGCAGUUUAACUAAUUCUUAAAGGUCAAAUUGAAGUUUAUUAUUUGGAAGAAGGGUAUAUCUAUAAACAUGAAAAAUACCUUACAACCUUAAAUCCAUUAUUUUAUCUAGAGGAGGACUUUUAGUUUGAUAAAGUUAAAUAUUAGCAAAAUCAACUGUUAUACAAAGUAGCAUUUAAUGACUCAAUUAUACUAUUGAUUGAUAAGAAAGAAUGUGAUGAAAUUUAUAACUUUUAUGGAGAGAUAUUUUUGUUCAAACAUAGAACCUUAAGCAAAAUAAUACCAGGUUUGGGUGAAUUGAAUUCUAAACGAAUACUGGAGGCUCUGUCCAAUUAAUUUGAAAAUGUUAUUAUUCCUCAUAGCACUUAUAUUACUGAGUAUAAAUUACUUUUAAUUUAUUUAAGGGAAGAUCAAAUAGGAGAAUAUCUCUUUUUUUUAGCAUAAGGGCAUGUUUCAUUUUAGAAGAACAAAGAACACGUCUUUAACAUGGAGGAGAGUGGUAUUAUUGGGGAUGAAUUACUAAUUGAUCCAGAUUUGGAUUAAAAUAGUGUUUAAACUUAUUACUACUCUGUAAUUGCUAAGUCAGCAUAAGUUUUGCUAUAUAAGAUUAAACUUAAGAUUUUCACACGUCUCUUCCCAAAUUCAAUUAUAAGACACAUUAUUGUGUAGCAUAAAUGUAAUAGUAGCAAUUUGAUUAUUAGAAAAAUAAUUGAUUCGACUUCUUGUAGGAAGUAAACCUAUUGAUCAUAAAAAGUGUAAUACUUCACCAACUAAUCUUAUGAAGAAAUCUAAAUCAACAUUGAUUUUAACGAAGGGAUCAAUAAAAGCUUACGAUAAUGUAGACGUUUUAUUCUAAUAAUAUUAAGUAUAAAAUCCUAAUCCUAUUAGGUACCCAAACACAGUAGAGUAUUAAAAUUUAAUAACAAUUUGAAGGAAAAGUUUAAUAAAAAAUACAAAAAAACAGAGAAAAAAAUUACAAUUAAUGAAUUUGUAAAGCAAACUAAAUAAAGCGAUGAACCUUAGAUGAAGUUAUUGGAAAAAGUUGAGAAUCCUUAUAAUUUUGCCUCAAAUGUGAAUACAGAAGGGUUUCUAAAGAAAUAUUAUUCAAACCUAAUUAGGAUUGGAUUAGUAAAGCCGCCUUUGAGAAUAGCUCCUUAAAAUCAGGAGGCAAUCCAAAGAUCAAGAGUAAUUUCUGCUAUGAAAUUAAUUGAGCACACUCAUGAUUAAUUGAAACCAAAAAGAGCAACAAGCGCUGCCUUUGGAAAAGUAGAUCCUUUGCUCACAAUCAAUGCUUUAGUAUCAACAAAAGAGAGUGAUAUGAAUGUAAGUGCUCAAAAGCAUUUGGAGAAGAACAAAACUAUGACUACCUUCUAUCCAACACCAAGAACAUAAUCAUAGCCUCAAUUAGGUUAUCACAACAAUGUCACUCCCAGGUAUUCAUCUCUGAUGGAAACACCUAAAUGUGAUACUCCAUAAUCAAGAUCAACAAUGGCAAAAUCAACACAAAUGCUUUUUAGACCUUAUUCUGGUUUCAUGGAUCAUACUUCACGUUUGUCAUAACAAUCAGAAAUGAAUAAAAGAUUAAGGAGGCCAAAUCACCAUAUUUUUUGA